UAGUAAUCUGUGGGAGUUUAUUUAUAACAUAUUGCUAUGAGUAAUAAAACUAUUCUUUCUUUUUAUCGUACACACUUUAUUUACGAAUGUGGAUAUUAAUUUAAAAUAUGGUAUUUAGUAAACUUAUAGAUUUAUAGAACACAUUAAUAAUAAUUUUGCCAUAUUUGUACCACGCGGGUGUACUGUGAUUUGUUCAGAGCUACAAUUUAAAGUGUAAUAAUAUUUGUUGAUUAUAUUUUGAUUUUGUACUAGUUUACAAGUAUAAAUAUAUAAUGAGCUCGCGACAUCGUGACCGAAGUCGCUCCCGUGAUCGGGAUCGCCAUAAGGAUCGAGAUCGCGAAAAGACUCGUGAUCGCGAUAGAGAUCGUGACAAAGAUCGUGACCGCGACCGCGACCGGGACCGGGACCGGGACCGCGAGCGAGACCGCGAUAGGGGCCGCGAUAGAGAUCGGAGUCACCGUUCCAAGAGGGACAAAGAUAGGGAGCGCAGUCGAAGUCGGGACCGUCAUAAGGAGAAGCGUAGCCGAAGCCAGUCCCACUCGAGGAGUCGCAGUCGUGGGAGAAAAUCUAAAGACAGGGAUGGCACAAUUGCAUUGCUGGAUCAGAUGGUGGGCACAACCACCAAAGCUACCGCUCGUCAGGUGACCAGCACCACCACUAUAAACCCCGCCACUCAGGCGGCCAUCCUCGCUGCUGCAGCUGUUGCUCAGACGUUUGUGGCGCAGCGGCGUAUCGCGGCGCCGGUACAGCCGGCGGCGGCGGCGGCGGCCGCGCUAUCGGCCGCUACGGCCAUCCCGCCGCCCACCUCCGUGCAGCAGAAGCUCGAGCAGCUGCAGGCGCGCUCCGAGUCGCGCUACCGGGAUAAGCCGCAGCACCACGACUACCAUCCCGAUGACGACAAGGACGACGGUCAAGGCCCGCCCGGCGAGACGGCGGCGGAGCGGCGCGCGCGGCGGCGGCGCACGCGCUGGACGGGCUCGGAGCACGACAAGACGUUCAUCCCGGGGCUGCCCACCGUGCUGCCCUCCACGCUCACGCGCGACCAGGAGGAGCAGUACCUGCUGCAACUGCAGAUCGAGGAGGUGAGCCGCAAGCUGCGCUCCGGCGACCUGGGCAUCCCGGCCAACAUCGAGGAGAGGUCGCCGUCGCCGGAGCCGAUCUACUCGACGGACGGCAAGCGGCUGAACACGCGCGAGUACCGCACGCGCCGCAAGCUGGAGGAGGAGCGCCACCGCCUCGUGCAGCGCAUGCAGCAGAUCAACCCCGAGUUCAAGCCGCCGCCCGACUACAAGCCGCCGAUCAUCCGCGUGCACGACAAGGUGAUGAUCCCUCAGGAGGAGCACCCCGACAUCAACUUCGUGGGGCUGCUCAUCGGGCCGCGCGGCAACACGCUUAAAGCGAUGGAGAAAGAGACGGGCGCGAAGAUAAUAAUCCGCGGCAAGGGCUCGGUGAAGGAGGGCAAGGUGGGCCGCAAGGACGGGCAGCCGCUGCCGGGCGAGGACGAGCCACUGCACGCCUAUAUCACCGCCACCAACGCGGACUGCGUCAAGAAGGCCGUCGAGAAGAUCAAGGAGGUGAUCCGGCAGGGUGUGGAGGUGCCCGAGGGGCAGAACGACCUGCGGCGCAUGCAGCUGCGCGAGCUGGCCCAGCUCAACGGCACCCUCCGCGAGAACGACGCCGUCCGCUGCGCCAACUGCACCGCCACCGACCACAAGACCUGGCUCUGCCCGGACAAGCCCAACGUGACCAACAGCAUCGUGUGCUCGUCGUGCGGCGGCGCGGGCCACAUCGCGCGGGACUGCCGCGCCAAGCGGCCCGGCCAGCACGCGCCCUCCCACGCCAGCAAGGCCAAGAUCGACGAGGAGUACAUGUCGCUGAUGGCGGAGCUGGGCGAGGCGCCGCCGGGCGGCGCGGGCGGCGGCGGGCCGCCGGGAGGAGGCCCGGCGCGGCGCUACGGCGGCCCAGUGUUCGGGCCGGCGCAGCCGCUGCGGUCCAUCAUGCCCGCGCCCGGCGGCGCGGGCGCAGCGCUGCCGCCGGCCAGCUUCCCCAUGCACGGCCAGCCCGCGCCCUGGCUCGGCGUGGCGAACAACCAGCCGCCGCCGCCGGGCAGCGCGGCGCCGCCGCCGCCGCCGCCGCACCACCACCCGCCGCCGCACCCACAACACCCGCCCAUCUCCCACCACCAGGGGGAUAACAAAAUGGGCCCGCCGGGCGGACCGCCGCACAUGCCGCCGCCGCCGCCACCCGGGCUGCUGGGGCUGCCGCCGCCGGGCUGGCGCGCGCCGUUCAACCCGCCGCCGUGGGCCGCGCCGCCGCCGCCCGCCUACCUGGCGCCGCCGCCGCCGCCGCCGCCCGUCUCCUCCGCCUAGUUGCACACCACCGUCACCACCGUCACCACCGUCACCACCGCCGCCGCCGCAGCCGCCGCGCAGGCACACUCUUUCGGUCAAUUCAGGCUCCUUUCGAUUUUCUUAUUGUACUCUAUUUAUUUAUUUAUACUUUUGCACACAUGGAAAAAUGUCUACAGGGCGGACUUAAUGCCUGAUGGCAUUCUCUACCAGUCAACCACCACGCCAAACAGAGAGAGCAAGCGGCGGUGCACAGAUUUAAGAAAAUAGCAAAUUAAAUAAAUAUUUUAAGAGAUAACAAUCUACGUAUUCAUAUUAUUUCUGGAAAAUCUAAAAUACUUUGUUUUGUUCCCUGUCCAAGAAAUAUCUACUUUUUUCUCCCUAAACAAUUCAGAAACUGCCUUUUCUAAAAUAAUAUGAAAAUCAUUAAUUUGCUAUCUUGUGGGAAAUAAUUGUAUAAUAAUUCAUGAAUGGGUCGGUGGAUGCCCUUACAGUGACUGUUAUUUCUUAUUACAUAAUUCCUAUACAUUCCUGACUAUAUGAAUGAAGUUUAAAUCAAUUUUCAAUCAAUUCUAUUAACAGAAUAUAUGUAAUGAACACUUGCUAAGUGUUCACUUCAGCUUUCUCACUGUACUGGGUUGACUGGAAGAGAUCUCUGUCAGAGACAAGUCCACCCUUGCUCGCAACAUGUAUAAAUACAUUAUUUUAUAUGUAACUUACAAGUGCAAUAAAGUAUAUAUAUGUAUAAUAUUGACUCGUUCCCCAAAUGCGUUAUAUGAAGCAAUAGUUUUUACUGAAGGAUGAAACUGAUCGCUAGCUGACUCGUGUGACGGACCAUUGGUCACUUUCCUCACUGUAAUAGCGUAUAAUUAUGCACUUUUAAUAAAAUUAUAUAAAGUGAACUA